CUCCAAAAGACGGACGAUUCUAAUGGAAAACCAUGCAUUAUUUCAACCCAUGGAGACAUGGCACAUAGGUUUAUCUCAAGUCGCAGCGUGCCAUCGGGUGGUCGACUCAACGCCAGAUUUGCCUUCAUAUGCACUAUUUCCUUAUCCUUCACCUAUGUGUGUUACAGCGUCAUUUUUUUCUGCUCCAGCACAAUCAUGACCAAACAGGGUUCCUCCGACGAGAAGGGCUGCCCGCUGCCUCCGCCCGGGCAGAACGGUCCCAUUGAGGGGAAAGUUUCCGGGAAAUUAAACGGCUGCACUUUACUCACUCCGGAUGUCAGGUUCGCCCGGCGGGAAGAGGCUCGAGUGCCGGGAUCGGGUCAACCUCGCGACCGAAGUAAACACGCCGCCUCUUGCUGUGGCAACCUCUCGCGGAGCGUUCCUGCCACCGAGUACACUUUGAACAACCUCACCGUUUCCCAGAAAUACGGGAACAAGAAGCUCCCCAACGCGCUGAUCGUCGGGGUGAAGAAGGGGGGCACGCGGGCUGUGCUGGAAUUUAUCCGGAUUCAUCCGGAUGUGCGCGCGCUCGGAACAGAGCCUCACUUUUUUGACAGACACUAUGACAGGGGACUGGACUGGUACAGGGGCCUGAUGCCCAGGACCCUGGACAGCCAGAUCACGCUGGAGAAGACCCCCAGCUACUUUGUGACCGGCGAGGCCCCGCGCCGCAUCGCCAGCAUGUCCCCCGAGACCAAGCUCAUCGUGGUGGUCCGGAACCCCGUGACGCGCGCCAUCUCCGACUACACCCAGACCCUCUCCAAGAAGCCCGACAUCCCCACCUUCGAGGAGCUGGCCUUCAAGAACCGAAGUCUGGGCGCGGUCGACACGUCCUGGAACGCCAUUCGCAUCGGGAUGUACAUCCUGCACCUGGACACCUGGCUGCAGUACUUCCGCCUUUCCCAGAUCCACUUUGUGAGCGGCGAGCGCCUGAUCACCGACCCGGCCGGGGAGAUGGGCCGGGUGCAGGACUUUCUGGGCCUGAAGCGCAUCAUCACCGACAAACACUUCUACUUCAACCGAACCAAGGGCUUCCCUUGUCUGAAGAAGCCCGAGAGCAGCAGCCAGCCCCGCUGCCUGGGGAAGUCCAAGGGGCGGCUGCACGUGCAGAUCGACCAGGAGGUGAUCGAGCAACUCAGGGAGUUUUACAGGCCGUUCAACAUCAAGUUCUAUGAGACGGUGGGACACGACUUCAGGUGGGACUGAAGAGGUUUUAUUUAAGGAGACAACGCCGCUGUGGUACUUUGGAGCCUAACUAGGCGAAUCAUCUUUUUGGAUUAUCUGAGGGAUGUGCACAGUUCCCGACAUGAAUCGUAUGAAUGGACCAUUUAUCUGGGAAUGACUUCAGAAUGAGAGAAAAUGCUGCAAGGGAAAAUAACGUUUGAUUGAAAGGAAAUGAAAAGAAGUGUGUACGUUUUUGGAUUGAAUUGAGGAAGGCUUAAUGCGCCAUUUGAACUUCUGCUGCUUCGGGCUAAAGGCAACAUAUACUACGUGUAUAUAAGUGUGUUUAUCAUGCAAAAAAAGAUCACAUGACAGUGAUAUUUUCAUCUAAGAAAAAAUAUGUGUGUUGAUGACAAAAGAAUAUAAAAAAAGGAUUAAAAAAGCAAAUAUAUAUAUGACCUGACUAUAUUAGGUUGAGGAGUAAAGCAGUUGAAUUGUCAUCGUAUGAUAUAUUUCAUUUAACACAUUGUGGCAAUGCAUCUUUUUCUAGAAACUUCACUUAACCCGGACCUCUACUACCAAAAACAAGGCUUUAAGAUCAUUGUUAAAGGGGACUUAUUAUACCACCAGGUGUGAGUGUGAUUAGCCUUACAAGCCGUUUCGAAAAUCUGCCUAAUAUGACAUCACUAGUGGGUGUGUCCACCUAGAUCUGUGCUGGAUAGAUCUAUCUACCAGCCUACCCAGUGGACUGAAGUAAACAUUGCUCAUCUAUCCAGCACAGAUCUAGGUGGACACA